AAAAAAAAAAAUAAAAUAUGGAUGUUAGGACAAAAAAAUGCAUUAUUGAUUCAAAAUGUGUGAAACAAUGGCUAGAUUACACAAACAUAAGAUGUAAUUCCUUAAAGUCUCAUAUGAAUUAUAUGAAAAUGAUCUGUCACGACAAUCAACCAGAAAUUCUAGAGACUAGAAGUAGUUUGAACAGUACAAACUGUCAUAGUCCUAAAAGUGAUACUUCUUGUCCUGUCGACAAUAUAAUAUCCAAACAAAUUAAUUAUGAUAAUUCUUUGGAAGAGUUAUGCGAUAUCAAAUACAUGUCUACGAACGACAAUGGUAUAAAGAAUUAUCUGUCUCCGAAAUUAAAGAGCAUGCUACCAAAAAUUAAUGUGCAACGUAAAGAAGGAGAGAAAAUUGAAAACUCUGAUACACAGGAAAAGCUACAAGUUGAAUUGACUGCAAUUUCUCCUAGAACUUAUAGACUACCACAAAGUUUGCAUAUUCAAUCAAGAUCAUUAUCACCGAUUCAUAAAGAAAAUAUGAUUUACGAAGAACAGAAUAACUGGCAAUAUCCGUACCAAAAUCAUUUAGCAGAAUAUUCUAACGAAGUAACACAGGACGUGGAAAAUUCAAAAUCUUUCGAACAAUUAAUUUCGGACAAUCAGAACGAAUACUUGCUUCAAAAGCUACCUUUUGCGAACAAUGGCAUUAAACCACAAACUAACGGCAGCGUAAAAACUGCACCUACAGGCAAAAGUAAAAACCGUCUAAAGAGCGAGAAGAAGGAGAAAACAAUUUCUUCUGUUGUAUUAAGCAAGAAAGGUUCCUCGUGUAAAUUAGACGAUGCCGUUGCAUUGAAAUUUAAAAAACGAAGAAGAAAGUUACACGGUAUUAGUUCAAAGAGUACAGUGACUACCAAGGACACAAUUUUCGUAGGAAGAAAGGAUACCAGAAAGCGAAAACAAAAAGGCAGCGUGAGUAGUCGUAAUGGACAAAAAUCUCGUCAAUCUUCCAACGAAGUAGUUGAAAUUUAUCAUAACACGGCAGCAAAAAGUGGUAGUGUUUCUGUCAUUCCCGGUAAACAUUCUAAAUUUGAUUCCCACGCGAACUAUAAUAGUAGAUUAGCCGCGAAUAAACAGCAAACCGUGCAUGUAAAACCGAAAUGUGAAAAUAAUAACGAUCAACCUAAUAGUAAUGUCGAUGAAAACAACGCGCAAGAUAGUCCACGCAAACAGUAUCAGUCUAAACAUAAAGCAGAGGGGAAGAAUAUAAAUACGCGUAUUCAAAAUUGUAAUAUCGAGAUUACGUCUGCUCCCACGUAUACGAUGGAGAAAUGCGAUUCGCAACAGUGUCAACGUUCAAUUAUGCAAACAUCGUUUUGUGACCCGAUGAUUACUCAUAGCUACGAAAUGCCGACACUGGCUUCGAAGUUGAAAAGAGUAAAUCGUUCGUACUUCAGUAGAUUCAAUUUCCGAAACAUACCGUUUGUAGUGGGCACCUCUGUAACCCCAAGUCACAAUUUAGGUUUAAAUAUUCAGCAAGUAUUAAGUAUAAUGAAAACAAGGCAACCUACAGUUAAUGGAAUGACUCCGCUUCUCAUUCGUAAAGUUAGCAGAGGGAUAAAGCCUGUGUCUACUCUUAUGGAACAAAUAAGCAGUCAUUGUAAUAAAUUGCCUGACAUAAAUUCUCAAAUGAUAAGCGCAUUCGUACGGCAAGAAAAUUCGUUUAUGAACGGACCUGGGAAUUUCUUUGAGAAUGAUAGCGUGUCCCUGCAUUAUGAGAAGGAGCGAUUAAGGAACUUAAAUUUGAAUUUAAAGUCGAGUAUAAAACGAUAUCAAAAUGUGCAAGAGACAAUUGUAGACGAGACCGCCAUGUACGAGAAUCCUCGCAAAGGAAAGGAUACUAGAUCAGAGAAUCAAUUGGAUAGACACGAUGUACCAGGAAUAUCAAAGGCUGCGAGUAAUGCUAAACUAUUGAAAAUGUUUUCCUCCCAACAGGAUGUAAAAACGCAAAUGGAAAUCCCGGGCGUAGAGUCAAAAAUUUAUCAAAGAAAAUUACAGGGUAAUGAAUGCAACAUGGUCAUGAGCAACACUCAAUCAAUUGCCCAGUCCGAGGGUUCGAAGGGUAUACGAGAAGUUCUCAUCAAUCUUCAUGAUCAGUUUGAAGAACUGAACAUGAAAUAUGAAAAAUUACAAGGAAAAGUUGAGAAGGGUACCGACAAAGAGUCUGAAGAAGAGAUGCGUAACGUCGAGAAAGAAUUGACUGCAAAAGAGGACGAAAUAAACGCGGUUAUUAAUUUGUACAAAGAGGUAAUGGCAUUAAAACAACAGAUGAAGCUACUGCAGGAAAAGAAUAGUUAUGUUUGUAUAUCGACUGAAGUUCCAAUGGGACCGAACAAAGCCUAUUCGUCCAUGCCCUUUACGUUAACUAAAUCCAACGGAACUAGUAUUCAUAGAAGAGGAAAUAGUAUUAUCGCGACAAGAGAACCUACUUCUAUUCGGCUAACUGGGCUCUUGCGACAAAUUCAAACAUUUCAGAAACAAUUGAAAUUGACUUCGUGAUAAGGACGCGUCAUAGUUUGCAAGAAAUAAAACGAAUCUCAAAUGGAUAACGAUUCAAGACACUGCAUCUGUUUUCUACAUUAAAAUAACUCUACGAGGCAAAAUAAGUGCAGGUCUAAAAAUAUUGAUAGAAACUUAUCCUGAGAAACAUACAGUAGAAGGCAAAUAAAAAUUUUCAGUACUUUCUCUUGAAUGGGUAAUUAAGUUCUUAGAAUUUGUCAUUUAUCGCUGUACAUUAUAAUAAUCAGGAUCGA